GGGUCAGGCAGCCUUGUUAACCCGUCUCUAGUCAAUGGGCCGUAACCGCCGGAUUAUAACCGCCCGUUUCUAGCGUUAUUUAAUAAUGAGGAACGGUGGACGGUUAAACAAAAGCUGCUGCAGCAGAGGCGCUGACUGCGGGGAGUCGGCGCUACCUCCUGACUGGAUGUGGCGGUUCAACUGGAGUAAAAUAUUGUUCCUGAAUGAUAACGUGGAAAUGUAAAAAAGCUGAAACGAGUACACACUGUUAUAAUUAAGCUAAUAAAAGGAGAAACGAACGCGGCGCUACGGUAUCAAGUAAAGUACUGAAUGGUUCAAAUCCACUGGAGUUCUGGUCUCUGAAACCGUGUGGACAGGGCGAGUGAGUGAUGUAACUGGAGUGAGCUGCACAUCUUAACAAGCUUCCCCUCCCAGAGUACGUGGCAGCCGCAGUCCCAGACCUACACAAAUCACUGCAACGUGCCAGCGAUUACAGAGAGCCCGCGGCGCUAAAAGAAUCCGAUUCAAGCAACAUCUGGGGCAGGAGGUUCAGCCCAACUUUCGCGUUGAUGCUCCUCCUGCGUCUCCCACUGUAGCAUUUGGUGCAAGCGCCCUGCACACAACCUUCCCGAGCUAGUGGUCCGAGAGCGCCCGAGUGACUUGGCCUUCUAUUUGAUUUGCGGUAUGACUUCCAUAAAGCAAAAAAAUAAAAGUAAUUCCGAUCGCAGUUCCCCCAAUACACAGGAUGACGUGGCAAAGAGGGGCUCGAAGGGCAGCAAAGGGGGAGCAGAGUCGGCUUCGACCUUUGGGAAAGUGGUGAAUAUCCUGCUCUUUGUCGUCCUGGCUGCGAGCGCGGCAGCUUUCGGCUGGUAUAUCCACAGCCUCUCGGAGCAGAUCAACCAUUUCCACCAAAGGAACGAAGAGACGUCCAUUCAAAGCAACGAACUGGCGAAGAAGAUGGAAACUGUUCUUCAACAGGUGGAAUCUACGAAAGUCAUGAUUAACAAUCUGGAAUCAGUGCUGCAUGGCAAUCAGCAAGAGCUGCAGAAAACGAACAACGCCGUCACGAAGAGUGAGAGCAAGACAAAUCAAAUUGGUGAAACUCUUCAAAAGCUGCAGAAUGAAAUACUGCAAGAUCUCUCUGAUGGCAUCCAAGAUGUUAGAAAUGCUAGAAAUAGGGAUUUUACAUCCCUUGAAAAAACAGUAGAAGAAAGAUUAACUGAAUUAACCAAAUCAAUCCAUGAUAACAUUGCUGUUUUUACAGAACUUCAGAGGAAGAGUCAGAAUGAUAUCGAUGAGAUUAAAUCAAAGAUUGAUUCAUUAGAAAUGACUAUUGAGGCAAGGAGUCAAGAAACUACAUCUUUAGUCAGCAAAUAUGACCAAUUGAAAAGUACACUAUAUUCACAACAAUCUGCAAAUGGUGUACUGAAAGAGUCAGUCUCCAGCACGGUAAAAUCUCUCCAUGAUAUAUCUGAAGAGCUUCAGCAAAGUAAGCAAGAUUUACAGGACACAAAGGAAAGCUUGGCCGAGCAAAUAAAAACCAUGAUUUCAGAAGCGGGUGGUGUUUCCGAGAAUGUAGAAAAGGACAAGGAAAAACUUGAAUCCCGAUUAGUCACCACAGAGGAAAACAUUAUGGCUUUGAACACAGCUGCAACACAUUUAUCUGACAAAAUGGAGUUCUACAAUUUUGAUUCCAUGCAGGGCACAGUGAGAAGUAUUGUUCAGUCCCAUGAGUCACUCAGCAAAGAGAUUCAAACACUGAAAGCAAACCUGGAAGGUCUGCAAAGUAAGGAAACGAAUGAAGCACUUAAUAAUCUUCAAAACAAAAUGCAAGCUCUUGAAUUACAUCAGCAACAACAGACUGAGGAAAUUGAGUCCAAGCAAUUUGAGAGGCUAAAGCAGUUGGAAAAAAACGUGGGUGAGAUUGAUGAAGAAAGUAAGAAAGUUGCAGCUGUAUUAAAUUCAAUGGAAGAGACAAUGCAAUCAGAGUUUCCUGAGAAAUUAUCAUCAUUGGAAACAUCCAUGGAUGAACUGAGGUCUUCAGUCAACGAAGCCAAGAAUGACCUGGAAGUUUUAGGGACAUCUGUGGAGAGCCUCGUCUCAGAAUCUGAUAAGACUAAUACCGCUGAAGAUGAACUGUCAUCCCUAAAGCUCUCACUGAAUGAGCUGCAAUCUGAUGUUGAUAAACUAUCAGAUUCAUUAAACAGGAUACAAUAAGCCAUCAAACAACAAUUUUAAUAAAGCUCAGCUCUUGAGAAAAUGGAAAAUAAAAAGACAGUUGGAAGGUUUUGUAAUGAAAUACUGUAUAAACAUCCAUGAUGUAUUGUACAAUUAUCCAGUUAUAAAAUGAUAAUUUUGAAACUAA